AUGAGACUUACACAAACAAGACACUCUUCGCGAGACGAUGACUUCCCCUACGUCCAGCUGCUUGUCUUAGCACUAUGUCGGUUGGCGGAGCCCAUCGCCAUCACCUCCAUCUUCCCGUAUGCAUGGCGAAUGGUCAUCGGCUUCGAAUUUGGUAGCAAGAGCGAUGCGUCCUUCUACUGCGGUAUCAUAAUCGCCGCAUUUUCCCUCGCCGAGUCAUUCACAAGUAUUUGGUGGGGCACACUUUCCGAUCGCAUCGGCCGAAAGCCUGUCUUGCUCCUAGGAUGCUGCGGGACGAUCUUAUCGCUCCUUGUCGUGGGAUUCUCCGAAAGUUUCGCUGUGGCCUUGUUCGGCAGAAUCCUUGGUGGUCUGCUCAAUGGCAACAUUGGCGUCAUUCAGACCAUGGUCAGCGAGCUCAUCAAAAAGCCGGAACAUGAGCCCAAGGCCUACGCUGUCAUGCCAUUCGUCUGGUCCGUCGGUACUAUCGUUGGCCCCUCUAUUGGAGGACUGUUGGCAGAUCCGGCUCAUGCAUAUCCCGGGACUUUCUCCAAGCACGGUUUCUUUGGUCGGCACCCAUGGGCACUCCCAAAUAUUGUUUGUGCGGGCUUGAUGCUUCUUAGUGUUAUUGCUGGGUACCUUAUCAUUGAUGAGACUCACCCAGAUCUAUGCAAAGGUGCAGACCCAACCAUUCACCACGACCUUCCCGAGACUACGCCAAUGAUCACCGGUGCCGGUGCGAAUGCCGACCAAGGCAUCGACCUACGACAAGAAUCGUAUGGAACUUUCAACGAGGUCGAGGUUUCCCAGAAAGAGGAGUGGGAAAUCCACCCAGACGGCACCUCAGUCUGCUCGCAAAAUGACAAGACAUGCAUGCGUGAGAAAUGGCUGACUCCCCAAGUCGCUAUGCUUACACUCGCUCUUGGGAUCUUCUCAUACCACAGUAUGUGCUACGAUCAUCUCUUGCCGAUUUUCUUUCAAGAUGAGCGAUCCGACGAAAUCUCCAUUCUCUCCACGGGCAUGUUCCACGUCCCUGGAGGCCUCGGAAUGAGCACGCGAGAUGUCGGCAUUAUUAUGUCCAUCAACGGUCUCAUUGCUCUUUUCAUCCAAGCGGUUAUAUUCCCUUUCGCCGCCGACAAGCUUGGUGUUUUUCGGGUCUUCGUCCUUGUGACGGUCCUCCACCCAAUCGCCUAUUUCAUCGUUCCAUAUCUGGCCCUCCUACCCGAAAGCGCUCUUUUACCGGGCAUCUAUACCUGCCUCGCUAUUCGCAAUCUGCUUUCUAUUCUUGACUACCCAGUUCUGCUGAUCUUGCUUAAGCAGGCGAGCAUCUCGCCAUCCGUCCUUGGGCGGAUCAACGGGUUGGCUGCGGCUGCUGGCGCCGCGUGUCGGACAGUUGCACCUCCGGUUGCGGGUCUGCUUUACGGCUGGGGUAGCGAGAUGGGAUUCACAGGACUAGCUUGGUGGGGUGCUGGCGCCAUGGCUUUGGUUGGUGUUGUCCAGCUGUAUUUUGUGCCUCGAGGAAGAGCCGAGGGAGCCAAUGUGAAGCCGAUUCUUCCUUGCUUUGCUGCGGAAGAGGCCCAGGAACACCCUAGGGAUGUUGUCGAUGUCACUGUUUACGACGAGGAGAGACGUGUUUGA